UCCAACUCACCGGACGCGAGAGUCGGCGUGAGCACCAGGAGAGAUUUCGGCGUCAUGUCCCUGUGGGGGGUUAUCCUGCUGCUGCUGCUGCUGCUGCUGCUGCAUCUGCAGACGUCCACAUGCGCUGCUGUGAACCCAUGUUGCUACUACCCAUGUCAGAAUUCUGGGGUGUGUGUGAGAUUUGGCACGGACCGCUAUGAAUGUGACUGCACCCGUACUGGCUACUAUGGGGAAAAUUGCACUAUUCCCGAGCUCUGGACCAGGGUUCACCUCCUGCUGAAGCCCAGUCCAGACACGCUGCACUACAUCCUCACCCACUUCCACUGGUUCUGGAACAUCGUCAACAACAGCUUCCUGCGAAGUACACUCAUGAAACUUGUCCUCACAGUCAGGUCCAGCCUCGUUCCAAGCCCCCCGACUUUCAACUCCAAGUAUGGAUACCUCAACUGGGAAGCCUACUACAACAUAUCUUACUACACCCGCAUCCUACCCCCUGUACCUGAAGACUGCCCUACGCCCAUGGGAACCAAAGGGAAGCUUGUUCUCCCUGAUGCCAAGCUGCUGGCGGAACGUUUUCUCCUGAGGAGGACAUUUCGGCCAGACCCCCAGGGAAGCAGUUUGAUGUUUGCCUUCUUCGCCCAACACUUUACCCACCAGUUCUUCAAGACCUACCAUGGAAUGGGACCGGCCUUUACCAAGGCUCUGGCACACGGGGUAGACGCAGGCAAUAUCUAUGGUGAUAACCUUGACCGACAGCUGCAGCUCCGGCUUCACGAAGAUGGAAAGCUGAAAUAUCAGCUAAUAAAUGGUGAAGUGUACCUCCCUACGGUAUCCCAGGCCCCUGUUUUAAUGCACUAUCCAAAAGACUUGCCAGAUGACCGGCGUCUGGCCAUCGGUCAUGAGGUGUUUGGUCUUCUACCGGGCCUCACCGUGUACGCCACCUUAUGGCUGAGGGAGCACAACCGAGUCUGUGACAUCUUGAAGGAGGAGCAUCCCACCUGGGGAGAUGAGCAGCUCUUCCAGACCGCUCGACUCAUCAUCAUUGGGGAAGUCAUCCGCAUUGUGAUUGAGGAGUACGUGCAGCAGCUGAGCGGUUACCUUUUGCAUCUGAAGUUCGACCCCACCCUGAUCUUUAGUGAACAAUUCCAGUACAGCAACCGCAUUGCCCUCGAGUUCAACCAGCUCUACCACUGGCACCCACUGAUGCCGGACAGCUUCCUCAUAGAUGGAGAUGAAAUUCCCUACUCUCAGUUUUUGCACAACACCUCCAUCCUGAUGCACUACGGGUUGGAGAAACUCAUCGACGCCUUCUCUCGGCAGCAGGCGGGACAGAUAGGGGGUGGUUGGAAUAUUAACCAAGUAGUGCUCAACGUGGCGAAGCAGGUCAUUCUAGAAUCCAGGGAGCUACGCACUCAGUCCUUCAACGAAUACCGGAAGAAGUUCAACCUUAAGCCGUACACUUCCUUUGACGAAUUCACUGGUGACAAGGAGAUGGCCAGGGGGUUGGAGGAGCUCUACGGUGACAUAGACGCUUUGGAAUUUUACCCCGGCCUCAUGCUGGAGAUGCCCCGUCCCGGAGGCAUCUUUGGCGAGAGCAUGGUGGAGAUGGGUGCCCCUUUCUCCCUGAAAGGCCUCAUGGGAAAUCCCAUCUGCUCCCCCGAGUACUGGAAGCCCAGUACCUUCGGAGGGCAGGUGGGCUUUGACAUUGUCAACUCGGCCUCUCUGGAAAGACUAGUGUGCCUCAAUACCAAGUGGUGUCCGUAUGUGGCCUUCCACGUGCCGCGCACUGAGGAAGAGGCCAAACCAAGAAAACCAUCCACCGAGCUCUAACGGUGGCUGCAACAGUAGUAGUAGUGUUGGGUUGAUGUCUGUGUAGGACUGUUAGUGUCACUGCGUGAAAGAUGAUGGUAUUUUCAAAUAAAUGCUAAAUUAU